AUUCCAGAGUGAGUGACGUCAAGUAGAAGUAGGGUUUUGAAUAUUCAAGGUUCUUCCCAUUUUCUUUUGUCAAUCUUAAGAGAAUCAAAAGAAAAGGGAAAUGGUUUUACUGUCUGCUUCAACGAAAGAUUUAUUAUCGAAUUCUGUUCACUUUUGUCAUCAUCAAAAUCGAAGCUUUUCGCUUCUCUAUCAGAAACCACCACGGCUCUCCUUUUCCUCAUCAUCUUCUAUUGGGUUUGGGACGACUAGCAUUGGCUUUGAGAGGAAAGAGCGGUCGUCCAUUGUGGAAACAGCAGCUGUUAGGCAUUUGGAAGGCUCAGUUACCAAAACUGAGGGGUUUCGCUUUGCUGUGGUCGUGGCUAGGUUCAAUGAGAUUAUUACCAGGCCACUUUUAGAAGGAGCUGUUGCGACUUUCAAGAAAUAUUCAGUCAAGGAAGAAGACAUUGAUGUUGUGUGGGUUCCUGGUAGUUUUGAAAUAGGCAUUGUUGCAGAACGGUUAGGCAAGUCAGGAAAAUAUCAUGCAGUGGUGUGUAUUGGAGCUGUGGUAAGAGGUGACACCACUCACUAUGAUGCUGUUGCUAAUUCAGCAGCAUCUGGCGUGCUUUCUGCUGGUUUAAAUUCAGGGGUUCCAUGUAUAUUUGGUGUUCUGACAUGUGAGGACAUGGAACAGGCGAUAAAUCGAGCUGGUGGCAAAUCUGGGAAUAAGGGUGCUGAGGCUGCUUUGACAGCUAUUGAGAUGGCGUCCUUGUUUGAGCACCAUCUAAAGUAACAAGACUGUUACUUUGAGGAGAGUUAUGUGAAAUCCUGUAUCCCUCCUGGGAAUGUCUGUACUGUGUAGAUUUCUUUUUCUUCAAAACAGUUGAAAUUUUUAUGUGCUCAGAAGUUGGUGAAAAAACAAAAGUGCAGCCUAAAUAUCUCAGAUGAUAGUCAGCUAUUUGUCGGCUGCAAGAAAUUGACUUCAUACCUGAAAUUGCACUGGCAAUUGAAGAUAGCAUGUUUGAUGUUGUAAAAACACAGAACUAUGCUAACUGCUCAUUUGCCUUAACAUGUCAAACGGAUGGUUUUUU